AGUCAUGUAAAGAUGUUUCUGCCAUUCGUUGUUCUUUCGUGUAUUCUUUUAAUUCGGCCGAAUGCUGGCAAUUCUUUGUUAGGCAACGAAUUUGACCGACUCCAUGGCUGUCAACAGUUCAACAGUCACUCGGGAUACUACAGCGCACAUCCUUACUUUGACACGAGCCUGUUUAAAAAUGUUCAAACCGAUGACAAAGGAGUGACCCGUAUGAGAAUUGGUGUUUUGGGAGACAAACAUGCAGCGAUUAGAUUUACGUCGGUUUCGACCAACUCGGAAACGUCCAUGACGGAAAUUGCCUUGGCACACUACGACAACACUCGAACGGACAUCCGAAAAUUUCCUAGAACGAUCCCAACGUCGAUGAACCCGAUCAAUCUGGGAGCGUUUCACCUGCGGGAUGUGAUGAACAUUUACAAGCCACUCAUGAUGACGGUAGCAAUUCACCGCGGAGGUCGCGUCACCGUCACCAAGGACGGUGAAAUUGUGCCCUUUUUGCAGUUUGACGAUCCAUCGUUCUCGUCCAAGUACGUCGGAUUUUGCAAGUGGGACGUUCCGGUGGUGUUCUUCUACGAUUGUCCUCUCCUGCCGGGCGGGACUGGCUCCGCGAAGGGGGUUCCAGCGACGGGGUGUUCAAGGGUUGAAAAGUUUGGAAUGAAUUCUUGUUUGAAAGUGGUUGAAUGCAGCGAGUGUAGUUUUGGGGAUAAUUGUUUUUCAAGGAUUGGAAGAAUUGGUGAAAAAAGUGGCGAUGCCGAGAGUAAUGAAGAAAUACAAUGUUUUUAAAA